UUCUUGAUAGUAGUUUUAAGGUUGUGGUAUGAUGUUUGAUAUAUGAUGAUUGGACACAGAUAUAUAGAAACUAGUUGGAGAAAUUAUUUGAAACGUGGGGUAACUGUGAGGCUGUUUACUGUAUUAGAUUUCGAUUUAAAUUGGCUAUUUAUAGGCAUUCAUACACCGCCAGCUAUGGAGGUGAAAAACAUGGUAAAAUUGAAGGAGGAAUUUGAUUACAAAAGCUUGUGUAGAAGGCUAUACACACAAUUAGAUAAACUCAUAAUGGAACAUGAAAGGCAGAGGAAGGCAUUUGAGGAUGAUAUUGAAAGAUUGACCGUAGAAGCACAACACCGGAUAUCUGAGGCUCAAAAAUACUAUUCGGAUUCAUUGGAGAAGGAAAGAUUUAAAUAUCAGAAAGACUAUAAGGAAUCAAUUAAGAAGCUUGAAGAGAAGUUGACGACGAAUCAAAAAAAGUAUGAGGAGUCUUAUAUUGCAUCUACCAGAGAGAUUGCCAUGGUGCCUGCUGAGGAAGUGACCGGUUUAAGGAGAAUACUUCAGAAAGAGGCUCUUUUAAGAAAUGCUGCCGAAGGGGAAAUAAAUCAUCUGAAGAAUCAAAUGGCCGAACUGAAAAUGUCAGAGGCAUCAAGAAAGUCAGAGAUCUUAAAACUUUGUAAGUCGUUGGAAGACGAGGCACAUAGCAAAAAGAAACUCGAAGGAGAAAUAGCAAGAUUGCAAAGUCAGUUGUUGCAGUUGGGUUUUGAAGUUGGCAAAACAAGACAACAAAUUGAUGGAGGAGAAUUCGAAAAUGACGCUGGUAGUUUAGAUUCUCCCUCUUCCCAGGUUAAGCAUCAACAGAAAUCUUCAGGAAAUGAAGAGAAGACUUCGAUUGCCAAGCUCUUUGAACAAGUGGGAUUCCAGAAGAUUUUGUCAUUGCUUGAAGCACAAGAUGCUGAUAUGCGAAUCCAUGCUGCGAAAGUAGUAGCAAAUCUAGCUGCUGAAGAAACCAACCAGAAGAAGAUUGUAGAAGCUGGAGGACUCUCGUCCUUGCUUACACUGCUUAAGAACUCAGAAGAUGAAACAACACAUAGAGUUGCAGCAGGCGCUAUCGCAAACUUGGCAAUGAACGAAACCAAUCAAGAUCUCAUUGUAGCCCAAGGGGGCAUUAAUUUAUUGUCAGUGACAGCAGCCAAUGCUGAAGAUCCUCAAACCCUUCGAAUGGUUGCAGGAGCAAUUGCUAAUCUUUGUGGCAACUGUAUACAGUUGAUCUUAUUUUAUUUAUGCAAUUAUUUUGGUUAUCUGCACUGUAGUAGGGAUUCUAACAGCAGCAUAGAUAAUGCAUUCAUAUCAGAUAAGCUACAAAUAAAGCUAAAGGAAGAAGCUGGUAUCAAGGCACUGCUGGGAAUGGUCAGAUGCAAACAUCCUGAUGUACAUGCACAGGUUGCCCGCGGAAUAGCCAACUUUGCAAAGUGCGAAUCAAGAGCAUCUACUCAAGGAACAAAGAUUGGAAGAUCUUUACUCAUUGAGGAAGGUGUGCUUCCAUGGAUAGUGCAAAACGCAAAUAAUGAAGUCUCAUUAGUUAGGCGUCAUAUUGAGCUUGCACUUUGUCACUUAGCACAACAUGAAGCAAAUGCAAGAGACAUGAUUAGUGAAGGUGCAUUACGGGAGCUGGGUCGUAUCUCGAGACAUUGUCCAAGAGAAGACAUAAGGACUCUUGCACGUCGAACACUAGUCUCGAGCCCUACUUUCCAAGCUGAAAUAAGGCGUUUGGGGAUGGAUUAUUGAAGAAAGUGCAGUAGACACUUGCGCAAGUGCAUAAUAUUUUUCAGUAUUUUGGAUGUAUUAAUCUUAGUUUGUAAGUGACCAAAGCUUUUCAGUGUUCCACUAAAAUUUUCGACAACCAAAAGUGGGUUCUUAAUUGAUUUAUGUGGU